UCGAAUUUUGAUUAUCCAGCUCGAGCUCGACUCGAUUAAAAAUAAUCCAGCUCGAGCUCGGUAAAUGCUCAUUAACACAGCUUGUCAAGCUAAGUACAAGCUCGGCUCAAGAUAAGCUCGAUUUGAAACCAUUCUUGCUGAAAAAUGUGUACAAAUAAGAACAUUAGAAAUUAAAAAUAAUAAAAAGAACACUAGAAACUAAAAAUAACAUCUAACUUCCAUACACAUCCUUAUUAAAAAGAUAAUUUUCAUGUUCAGAAGAGUAAUUAAUCCUUCCACAAGCUUUAAACAAGCCAGCUCACGAGCUUAGCUCAACAAGGCACCGAGUCAAGCUAGCUCACGAGCUUAUCAAGCCGAGCAUGGCCUAGCUCAAGCUUGGCUCGUUUACUAAGCUGGCUUGUUAAACAACGAGUCGAGUGUCGAACGGGUUUUUUUCUGAUUCGAACGCAGAGUUGCUCGCGAGCAGCUUGGCUCAUUUGCAGCCCUACCUCUAUGCAGAGGUGACAAUUAGGAUCCAAAUCCAUGAAUCCAAUCCAAUCCAUCCACCAAAUUACCCACCUAAUCCAAUCCAUUUAAAUCCAAUUGGAAUCCAUGGAUCCAUAUGGCAAAUUACGAUUUGGUACCUAUAUAUUUUAUAUUUUACAUUUGGUACCUAAAAUUUAUAUUUUUAUGCGAAAAUAUCAUUAGAAAAUUACAUUUUAGUACCUAAAUUUUUUCAUUAUUACAUUUUAGUACCUAAAGUUUCAAAAUUUACAUUUUGGUCCAAGCCUUGGAUGUCAUUUUGAUUCAUGGAUCAAUCCAUCAAUCCAUUUGAUCCAAUCCAUGAAUCCACCAAUCCAUUGGAUCCUAUCCAUUUGAUCCAUGGAUCCACCAAUCCAAUCCACGAAUCCGAUCCAAUUGCCACCUCUACCUCUAUGUAUGUAUGUAUGUGAGAUGUUGUGUUUAUCCUCGUGUUCAACUGAAUAUAUGCUACCUAUUGCAGCCUUUUCAAAUGAGAGUAGAUCCUUACAUCUUAACUAGUAGAGACAGCAGGAAAUGUGUAAUGUGUUCUAUCAUAUUUGUUUAUGUUUCAUGAAUCAUGAUGCUGUCAUUAUGGUUAUAAACAAUAUUUCCCUAUGAACGCACUGGUUUUUCUAUAAUAAUGUGAAGGAUUUGUAACAAGUUGCAGGGAGUAGGAUUAUGGUCAACUUCCUAUGAGACUAUGACAUUUAAAAUUUAUCGGUAGAUUCAAAUAACAAGAUAAUAAAAGACUGCGAGAUCUAAAACAACAAAAUCAGAGUGGCGCAGCGGAAGCGUGGUGGGCCCAUAACCCACAGGUCCCUGGAUCGAAACCAGGCUCUGAUAUGUUUUUGGGUCUAUUUUUUUUGGGCUUUCGGCUCUCCAUCUCCAUCUCCACGUGGCGUUGUUUGGGCUAGCAUCUUUUCCGCGAUAUAUCGUCAAAAGAAAUAUGAAAAGGAAAAAAGGGGAGGAAAACGCCAAAAAAACGAGGAAGCGAAGAAGAACCCAGAGAAAAGGAGAGAACGACUGAAACCCUAACAACCCCUCAAAAUAUCGCGAUAAGUAAAAAAGGUCGAGAAGAUUUCAACUCUGCAACCUCCCUCCGAUUAUCUCUCCGUCGAGAAGAUCAUUCUCACAGCUCUCUCCUUUCCCCAGUAAGUCGCUUCAAAUUUCCCGCUCUUUUGCUCCUCCUCUUGUCCUCUCAUUUUCUGUUUGGCUACCGAGGAAACAAAAUCGAACUGCGAAAAUGCUCGAUUCAAUCCACCUUUCCUCCCACUGCUAAGCUAGGACAUCGCUAAUGCUCCCGAUUAGCUCAGUUAGCUAAUUAAGCUUGCAGAAUUUCGACUGAAUGAAGCAAUUGCAGAUUUGAAUGUUCUUUUGCGAUGAUGAAAGCUCGAAUUCUCUUUUAAUAGCAGUUGCUGCUUCGUUGAUUGAGACGAUUGUUUGAUUUCUUCGUAUUUGCUCUUCUGUUUUUGUAGGGUUUGAGGCGGAGAGGGGCAAUAACAAUUAACAAUCUUCAGAAGCAGUAAGUUAGCUCUCGGCUCGUUAGCUUUGUUGUUUGAGUUUUUUCUUCUGGUUCAUAAUCUGGAAAUUGGAACAAUGUUCACUGGGCAGUGGUUCGGGAAAAGGACACUUGCUGGGAAUACGCAGAGAAGCUAGACGGGAACAAGGUGAAAUGCAAGUUCUGCCUCAGAAUUCUCAACGGCGGGAUCAGCAGGUUGAAGCACCAUCUCUCUCGGAUUCCGAGCAAAGGCGUGAACCCGUGUAGUAAGGUGAGGGAUGAUGUUACGGACAGGGUAAGAGCUUUACUUGCAUCCAGAGAUGCUAGCAACAGCGAGAUGGAAGAAACUCCAACCACCAGCGCCAAAAGGAAGAAGCAGCAGCAGAGGCCCGCAGAAGUUGUUAUCCAAUCCAUUGGGGAUGGUACAACUGCUUGUAGAAGCAUGAUAUCAAUGGAGAUAGUGCCUCAUGUGGCCACGAAAGUCUACCCAACUGCAGUAGUUUCUGUCCCAGCUGCACCUUUGACGAACGAAGAGAGCGCGGAGAGGAGCAUUGCGAUGUUCUUCUUUGAGAAUAAGUUGGAUUUUGGGUUUGCCAGGUCGCCGUCGUAUUACCAGAUGAUCGAGGCGAUAGGGAAAUGUGGAUCGGGAUUCACAGGGCCCUCGGCAGAAGAGUUGAAGGCUACGUGGUUGGGGAGGAUAAAGUCGGAAGUGAGCUUGGAAUCGAAAGACGCAGAGAAGGAAUGGGCUACUACUGGCUGCACAGUAGUUGCUGAUACAUGGACUGACAACAAGUCUCGAGCUUUGAUCAACUUCUUGGUUUCUUCACCCUCGAGAACUUUCUUUCUCAGGUCAGUAGAUGCAUCUUCCUACUUCAAGAACACGAAAUUUCUGGCAGAUUUGUUUGACUCCGUGAUUCAAGAUCUUGGUCCGGAGAAUGUGGUGCAAGUAAUCUUGGAUAGUAGUUUUAACUAUACGGGUAUAGCUAACCAUCUGCAGCAAAGCUAUGCAACAAUGUUUGUGUCACCCUGUGCUUCUCAGUGCUUGAAUUUGAUCUUGGAGGAGUUCUCUAGAGUAGAUUGGGUUAGAGGGUGCAUUUUGCAGGCACAAAGCAUAUCGAAGGUCAUAUAUAAUGAUGCUUCGAUGCUUGAACUGAUGAAGAAGUUUAAUGGAGGGCAGGAACUUAUUAGAACUGGGAUCACAAAGUCGGUCUCGACUUUCCUCUCUUUACAAUCAAUGCUGAAGCAAAAGCCGAGGCUGAAGCUCAUGUUCAACAGCCCAGAGUAUGCAGCAGCAGCCAGCUCAUUAUCUUGUGGGAACAGACCGCAGACCGUUGCUUCGAUAGUCGAGGAUGGAGACUUCUGGGGGGCGAUGGAGGAAAUCGUGGCGAUUUCUGAGCCUUUCCUGAAAGUGAUGAGAGAAGUGUCAGGUGGGAAAGCUGCUGUGGGCGGUAUCUAUGAGAUGAUGACUAGGGCAAAGGAGUUCAUCAGGACUUACUACAUUAUGGAUGAGUGCAAAUGCCAGACUUUCUUGGAUAUAGUGGAUAGGAAGUGGACGGAUCAGCUGCACUCCCCUCUACAUUCAGCAGCUGCAUUCCUGAAUCCCAGUAUCCAGUAUAAUCCAGAGAUCAAGUUCCUGUCGUUGAUUAAGGAAGACUUCUUCAAGGUCAUGGAGAAACUGCUUCCUACUCCGGAGGUGAGACGGGAUAUCACCAAUCAGAUCUUCAUCUUCACUAGAGCAAGUGGGAUGUUUGGAUGUAGCCUGGCAAUGGAGGCUAGGGAUACAGUUGCUCCAGGUAUAUGGUGGGAGCAAUUCGGGGAUGCUGCUCCAGUUCUGCAACGAAUCGCCAUCAGGAUACUGAGCCAGGUCUGCAGCAGCUUCACGUUCGAGAAAAACUGGAACACGUUCCAGCAACUCCACUCCGAGAAGCGGAACAAGAUCGACAAGGAGUCGUUGAACGACCUGGUCUACGUAAACUACAAUCUCAGGUUGUCCAGACAGCUGAGAACGAAUGCUGCAGAAGUCGAUCCGAUUCAGUCUGACGACAUAGACAUGACUUCGGAGUGGGUGGAAGAGGGUGACAGCACCAGCCCGGCUCAGUGGCUGGACCGGUUCGGGUCCGCCCUCGACGGCGGCGAUCUGAACUCUCGGCAGUUCAAUGCCACGUUGCUUGGCUCCAGUGACAAUUUCUUUGGUUUGUGAGAGAGCCUUGUAGCAUGUGUAGUGUACCAUAUACCAUGUAAUGUAUGUUACAGUAGUGCUCUAAAUUUCUUGUAAAGGUAGUUUUUAGUGAUUUAGGCUAAGUGUUUUGGCAAACUAGUCUUGUUCGAUCGUGGAAGCUCGAGUAAUAGUAAGAUUAUGUUACAUUACGUCAUGGAUUGAAUUCAAUGUUGACUUGGUGAUCAUGAGUUUUCAUUACAAUUUAAAUACCAUAGUAAAAACUCAAAACAAAAAAGAAACGUAUUAGCGGUGAUAACUAUGAACUAUAAUUAUCAAUUAGAAUUCAGAUGAGGUGAAAUUUUUUAUCUAUGAAGGUUAGGAUAUAUCAUAUCACAAAGCACUAGAAUCGAAUCAUUUCCAAAAAUUAAUUAUCAAAAAUCGA